GAUGCUGGAAGCUGCGCAGAUAUUUCGUUUCCUACUGAGUAUAACUUCAAACCAUACGUUGACGAGGAAGUUAAAAGGCAGCAUUUUUCUGGAACUGAACUCUUAAAGAAGGGAACUACUGUAACUGCUUCUUCACCAAAACACUUUCAGAGCAAACAGGAGAAUGCAACAUCUCUGAGGACUGGAAAUUUACAUUCUCAAAGAGAAAAGGUGACAAUUAAUGAGAAAUCUCGUCGGGAAGACCAGUUGCUUCUAGAAAAUUUCAGUUAUGCCAUGGAAGGUCCUCUUGUCACAGGAUACCCUAAAUCAACUCACCAACAGAACGAGACGUGUGCCGUUUUUAAAGGAAAUGCAUGCACUGAUGAUAUUGAAGAAGAACGUAAACAAGUCUCGGACAGGCUCAUGUCUACUCUCCUGACUCCGACAAAUCUUUCUUUGGGAAAAAUUUCAGAAAAAAAAGAAAAGUGUAAUGAGAAGGAUUAUUUGCCGGCAGGAACUAAUAUUACUUGUCCUAAUAAUGAGUUCGAAAGACCUUCGACGAGGUUCGUGUACAACAAAAGCUCCUGUUUUAAGCGCAAAAGUGAUGUCUUUAAAGACACUCAUGUAGAAGACGGAAGCCUCCAAAAGUCUCACGAACUUUCUUUAUUUGGGGUUAAGAACUUUGGAAGCACAAACCUACUUGAGCAUCACAACAGAUUUAAUAUUGCUGGAAAACUAGGAUUUGAUGUGGGCAACUCUUCCUCAGGUGGAGAAACAUAUGCUGCCGCAAGAACUCGUGUCUAUCAUAGGAAAACAAAAUGUACCAAAGUAGAGACUGGCUAUACUAAACAUGACGGUGUCGCUGCAGUCCAAAUGGAGGUACUUGUAAAUGAAUCUCCUUGUUGGGCGGCAAAAGCAAUUGUAACAGAUGUGAAUCUUCAAGCGAAGUUUAGAGUGGGAAAGGUUCAUGACGCAUAUUCGCAUUUUGUGGGUGCUUUUUUCUAA